AUGGCUUCCGCCGAGUCGGUUCUAGAGGUUAUCCCUAAAAACACCGAGGUACUGGCCUAUGCAGACGAUCUACUGCUGAUGGCAAGAAAUGCUUUCCCAGAAAUGGCCCGCAGAAGACUGCAGGAAGGAAUCUCGGCGGUUAGUAACUGGGCAAAUUCCAUCGGGUUUAAGUUUUCGGCAGAGAAGUCUAAUAUAAUGCACUGCUGCAAACAUGGGUCUUUUGAUGGAAACCUAACAGGGUUUGGAGUUUUUGCCAAUAACACGGAGCUAAAAUUCCAACUGCCUUCCAUAUGUUCGGUAUACUCCGCCGAAAUUGCCGCUCUCCUUGUCGCGACAUCACUCUGUGAUAACGACAGUAAGGUGGUGAUCUUCUCGGAUUCCUAUAGUGCAUUACGGGCGCUACAAAGCGACGAUAGUAAACACCCUUGGAUACAAAGCAUUGAGGAAAAAAUUACAGGGAAGGACAUCACUUUCUGCUGGGUCCCAGGGCACUGCGGAAUCCAGGGUAAUGAACAGGCUGAUCGUCUCGCCAAGGAGG